AUGGCAAGAAAUCGUGCAAGAACCUCAACAACAAUCACAUACUGUGCAUUAGUGGUGCUGUUGAUAACAUUAUCCAGCAUUUUCACGGUUACGAUAAGGGCAGAAGAACAAAAUCCACAACAACAACAACAAACCAACCUUGCCCCAAAUGGCCCCAAUGCAAAUAAUGUCCCCUUAUCGGGAGAUAAUAAAACCCAAACAAAUGCCACUGCUACGGGAGAUUCUUCAGGAAACCACAAUGCACCAGCGGAUCCUGCUAAUCUAACCAAUGGCAACAUUAACAACAACUCAUCCACCAAUGAAAACAAUCCCAUGGCAAAUGGUGAUUCCAGUUCCUCAACAACCUCCAUAUCACCACCAACACCAUCUGCUGCUGCAAAUACCUCUGCACAACAAAAUGAAACAAAGGCCGUUACAGAACCUCCACUGCCAGAUCAUCAUGCCGUGGAGCAAGAACACAAUUCAUCCCUAUCCCUAUUCUUUGUGAUCUGUGUCAUUAUGUUGGGUAUCCUGCUCAUACAUUCGAUGUUACAAACGGGUUUCCAAUAUUUACCCGAAUCUAUUGUUGUGGUAUUUUUGGGUGCCCUUAUUGGUCUACUGCUGAAGGUAAUGUCCGGAGAAAAUGCCAGCUGGAAACGUGAAGAAGUCUUUUCGCCGACUGGGUUCUUUUUGGUUUUGCUACCACCCAUUAUCUUUGAAUCUGGUUAUAAUUUGCAUAAGGGUAACUUUUUUCAAAAUAUUGGUUCCAUACUGGUAUUUGCCAUUGUCGGUACGACAAUAUCAGCCUUGGUUAUUGGAGCUGGCAUAUAUUUGUUGGGUUUGGCUGAGGUUGCUUAUCGCCUUAACUUUUCCGAAUCCUUUGCAUUCGGUUCGUUAAUAUCAGCCGUUGAUCCCGUUGCUACAGUUGCCAUAUUUCACGCCCUGGAUGUUGAUCCGAUACUUAACAUGUUGGUAUUCGGUGAGAGUAUAUUGAACGAUGCUAUUUCAAUUGUGCUAACAACAACGGUAACACAAUCAGCAAAUAGUCCACUCUACGCCAAGAUGACAACAGGUGAGGCUAUCUUCUCUGCCCUGAAGACUUUCUGUGAAAUGUUUUUUGCUUCGGCCGGUAUUGGGGUAAUAUUUGCUUUAAUUUCUGCACUCUUAUUGAAACACAUUGAUUUGAGAAAACAUCCUUCAUUGGAAUUUGCCAUAAUGUUAAUGUUUACAUAUGCCCCGUAUGUUCUAGCGGAGGGUAUACACUUGAGCGGUAUUAUGGCUAUAUUAUUUUGUGGUAUUGUUAUGUCCCAUUAUACACAUUUCAAUUUGUCCACAGUGACUCAGAUUACAAUGCAACAGACAAUGCGUACCUUGGCCUUUAUAGCCGAAACUUGUGUCUUUGCCUAUUUGGGUUUGGCCAUAUUUUCGUUUAAACAUCAAGUGGAGCUGUCAUUUGUGAUAUGGUCCAUGGUGUUGUGUUUGAUUGGUAGGGCGUGUAAUAUUUUCCCGUUAGCCUAUUUGGUGAAUAAAUUUCGUGAACAUAAAAUCACAAAUAAAAUGCAAUUUAUUAUGUGGUUUUCUGGGUUGAGAGGUGCCAUUUCCUAUGCCCUUUCGCUGCAUUUAGAUUUAUCGAGUGAUGAGACGCGGCAUGUCAUUAUCACCACAACAUUAAUUAUUGUGCUCUUUACGACAUUGGUAUUUGGCGGGAGCACAAUGCCGCUAUUGAAAUAUUUAAAACCGGGUAAAAAACGUCGUUCACGUUCGGGUCGUAGUGGUGGUGGUGCGGCCUCUUCCUCAUCGCGUACACGCAGCAAUUCACGUAAACGUUCCAAAUCGAUAUCGUUGUCGAAGACACGUGAAUGGGGUCAAGCCAUUGAUUCGGAACAUUUAUCUGAGCUAACCGAAGAAGAGGAUGUUAGUUUUGCUCAGACACGUAUAGCUGGAUUUGGCCGACUGGAUCGUAAAUAUUUUAUACCAUUCUUUACACGGCGUUUUAAUAGUCAAGAACUGCACGAGUGUAAAUCACAAAUGGCCGAUUUGACCAAUAAAUGGUAUCAGGCCAUAAGGGUUAGUCCUUUAGAUUCAGAUGAAUCCGAUGAAGAAAUGGGUCUCUCCGCUAGCACUAGUCAAAGUACAUUAAAUGCAAGAACUUAA